CACAAAGAGGCAGGGGUAGGGCUGUAGACUAGUCUGUCAUCACACCGCGGUACCAGAGUCCGGAGAAAGAAACGCGAAUAGGAGCAAAGACAGUGAGUGUGUCUAGAGAGAAUGGGAAAGGGAGAAACUGAGCGCAUAGGCCUACAGCAUCAGCAGCAUCUGAAAAAGCAGAGGCAAACGCACGGUGUGUCAUAUUCCUGCGUAUAACAGAGGAGGAUGGAGACUUUCCCGUUGCGCCAGAGAUCUGGACUGAUAAGAUUAUAUGUUUGUGGAUAGCCUACCAAUAGGAAAAGGUGUUUUCUGGAGGUUUGAGGACAGCGAAGGUCCAUCACCUUCAACUGCCCCGUCAAUCUAAUUUCAAGGAGCCACAUCAUAAGAAACUACCUAGAGAACUGGCAUUUUGGAGGAUAUGAUCGGUUUUAUUGUUCAAUUCAUGUAGCAAAACAAAAAACAAAAGGUUUUUAUCAUUUGUAUGUUUACCAGUAUGAUGAACUCUUUUUUUGAUUCUUCGUCUGCUGCUAUGAUUGAUACAAUUCCUGUCAGCGGUAUGUCCACUGCUGGGACGGGCGCUGUAACCAGUGCGCUUCGAAAUGAUUUGGGGUCCAAUAUUCAUGUCCUGAAGACUCUGAACCUGCGGUUUCGCUGUUUUCUUGCCAAAGUUCAUGAAUUAGAGCGGAGAAACAAAUUAUUAGAGAACCAACUGCAGCAAGCCUUGGAUCAACAACGAUACCAAGUAUACACUCGUGAAGUAGCUGUCCAAACCGACUCUACUGAAUCCCGACUACCUGGUACCAUUUGGAGUUUCACGCACGUGAGAAGACACGGAGAGCGCUAUGAGACUCUCCAGGGCCCUGGUGUAUCCUGGAAUCAUCCGGACGGUGUUGGGGUCCAAAUCGAUACCAUCACCCCAGAAAUACGAGCUCUGUAUAAUGUGUUGGCUAAAGUCAAACGAGAGAGAGAUGAAUACAAGAGAAAAUGGGAAGAGGAGCAGAACAGACGAGAGCAGCUCGAGUCCUUGGUGGAAUCCAUGCAGGAGAGUGCCCAGGAGUCAGAGAAGAUCCAGGAUGAACUGAAUGAGAAGGUGGAGAGGCUGAAGGCUGAGCUGGUGGUCUUUAAGAGCCUUAUGAGCAAUAAAAUGUCCGACAUGGACACUAAGAUCCAGGAGAAAGCCACGCUGGUGGACAUGGACAUCUGCCGGCGCAUUGACAUCACCACCAAACUGUGUGACGUGGCUCAGCAGUGCAACUCAGAGGACAUGUCAAAGAUGUUCAACGUGAGCCCGGCCAGGUCGCUCCCAGAGAGGGGUGCCAUGGCGUGCUGCAGGAAGAAGGAGUGCAAGCCUGUGUCUGACGAGGACAGCUCUGAGAUGGAUGCAGAUCCCAGCACAAGUACCUCAGAGGAGGAGGUCCCGCUCAACGUUACUGACGAAAUGAAACGCAUGCUCAACCAGCUAAAUUGUUCAGAUGAUAAUUUUGUUGCCAGGAGGGAGACAUUUGACAUUGAUGAUGACUGUGACAGCCUGACGUGGGAAGAGAAUGACGAGACCCUGUUGCUAUGGGAGGACUUCAACAACUACAACAUACAACCCGGUGCCAUCACCGCGGCAAACUGCACAGUCACCAGUGCAGCCAACAGCAACACAGAGGAGCCUGUCUCUCAGGAUGGAAGCCUGGGCAGCCUCAUAGAUGAGACAGAAUCACUAUUCAAGACCAGAGAGCAGGAGUACCAGGAGACCAUUGGCGCAAUUGAGAUGGAGCUAGCCACAGCGAAGAGUGACAUGAACAGACACCUGCAUGAGUACAUGGAUAUGUGUAGCAUGAAGCGUGGUCUGGACGUGCAGAUGGAGACGUGCAGGAGGAUGAUUAAAGGGGGCAGGAACUCUCCCUCUGUCAGUUCAGUGGCUAGCAGCGACUCAGGGAACACUGACGAGAUCCAGGACAAACUACUAGACAAGGAUGGAGAGGCUGAGGUGCCAAUCAGUUGAUAGCCUGGCUCCACCCCCUUCCUCCCCUGUUCACUGACAGCUGCUCACAGAGCUCCUAAUUGUCCUAUGGAUCUGGCCCACUGUCCCAGGCCCGGAACUGGUGCUUAUUGUCUCUGUUCUCACAGGAAUGAAGGGGGACAGGGUUAAUUUGCUUCACAAGUGUUUUAAGGCAGAGGUGGCACAUACAAUAUAUGUGUCUGAGCUGUGCUCUCUUCCACAGUGCUGCACAAGAACAUCCAGCAAAACAAUCAACAUGAUCAAACAAGUCAUUCUGGCUCACUCUUAGCAUAGUCUAAGCAGUUCCACUGUCACCACUGUCAUUCUAUUGGCCUGAGGCUGAACAGUCCAUUUGGUGAACAGGGAACAACAUGCACAACAUUAUUCACCAGUGAGAAUAUCUAUCCUUUUGAGUUUGUUAAUAAUCACACAAAAUAUCACAGAUCAAGAGCAGUCACACUAUUUUGUACUUGCAUGUUCCCCAUAGAUGCAGAUGGAUCAUUCACAUAUACUGUACAUGCAAAUGUUCAAAUGGGGAUUGAAAUGUUCUCACCAAAGAGUCAAAGCUAAAAAAUCAGUUUGACUGGACUCUCCACAGUUACCAGUGUUGACUGGGGAACGGAGCACAGCCCUUUGCUGCUAUAAUGCAUUGUUCACAUUCUAUGCAAUCCUCCAGAUUCCUGCUUACAAGCAAAUUACCCCUCUUUUCCCUCAUGAUUUGCCUUUUUAAGCUGGGCAGGUGUUUUCUAUCUGUUAUUCAGAGUGCUCCUGUGUGUUCUCCAAAGUAGAGGAGCAAUGGGAGGUGCAGAAUUAUCUCAUAAAAGGAAAACUCCCUAGUGUCCUUUGUCAAAGGCAUACCUUCUCCCCCUAUCCAUGUUAAUUUAGAGGCUGUAAACAUUUGAAAGGUUAUCCUAAACAAUAUGGAACAAGGUGCCAGCAAACAUGCUGUCUUUGAUUUGUAUUGCCUUAUGCUUAUUACUAUCAUAGUAAGCUUCAGCUAACUUUAAUAAUUUCCCCUUAAAUGUAUCUAAUUGGUAGAACUAACUAAGUUAUUGAUGAUUCCUUGGGCUACUCUUUGGUAAGUCCAAAGCAGUGGAAGCUGCUGAGGGGAGGAUGGCUCGUGAUAAUGGCUGGAACGGAGUGAAUGGAAUGGCAUCAAUGGAAACCAUGUGUUUGAUGUAUUUGAUACUAAUCCACCUAUUCAGCUCCAGCCAUUACCACGAGCCCGUUCUCUCCAAUUGAGGCGCCACCAACUUCUUGUGGUCCAAAGAGCUUUUGAAAGUUAUUGGUCACCUGUUUGUUCUCUCAGAGAUAGGGUACUGAAAUGAUAUAUUACAUAAAACAAUCACGUAAACAGGCAAUACUAUGAACAUUGGUUAAUGAUACAUUCCCUAGAUUAUACACUGAAAAAUUUGGUAUUUGGUAUUUUAUUUUGCCAAUCUUGGAUACUAAACUCAGAUGGCCUUUCAUAACAACACCCACCUGUCUGUCCAGCAGGGUGCACUGUUCCUAUCAUAUUCCGUUGUCUAAUUGUCAUGAGCCCUGGAUUGGGUUUAGAAUUGUUUGUACGUAGAUAAGAGGGCUGUUGGCAUGUGAUCGUAUACCCCAGAUGCCUUUCUGUUCAUAUUGCCCUAUGUAUAAUUAAUGUUUUUGUAUUACAUCCUGUCUAAUGAUUUGAAUUAAAUGAAUCAAUUAACAAAAUUGAUCAAUGCAUGUGGAUUGGGAGAGGUUUUCUGGAAGUUAUUUUUCAAUUGGUUUAUGGAGUGUUGUUAGUUUGCAGAAUCAAGGACAAAAGUGCUAUUUGUAUGAUGAGGGUUUUAAGAUGGAAAAAUAAUGAUAUUUGUCAUUGCAUUGUUUUAUGAAGGAAGAAGGGCUAUUGCAUUUGGUUGUUUCUUUGAAUUAUUUUACAUUGAACUAGAGGCACAUAGUUGUACUAUUGCAAUUCCCUAUAAUUUCUUAAAUCAAAAUAUGCAUUAUGUUCCUGUAGUUUUACAUGGGCCCAUGGAUUUGCGUUGUACAGAUUGAAUUGUGAGUGUUGAGGCAUAAAUGAAAUAUUAUCUUCUUGUUGAACAAUCGUGGAUGGUAAAAAUGGUAUGGAAACUUAACUAUUUCAUCAUUUCAUCUGACACAAAGAUUCUGGCCCAACCAGUCUAUUUUAUAUUAUUUCCUAAACCAUGGUAAAGUGUCAAAACUCAUACACACUAUAAAGACAGAUAACAUUUAGGGAGAGGCCUUAUUCCCAGCUAACUAUAAAAAUCAUUUGUGUUAGAUUUAAAAUCAGCCUGACGAGUGCAGCAUGCUUUUUUCCCGUCCUUUGUUGCACCAUACAGUAUAGGCUGGGAAACACCUUGUAUGUUGUACAGUAGACCUAUGUGCCUUUAGUUCUCAUGUCUCAUGACUGUAAUAUUGUUGCAUAUUUUCAAUUGAACAGAUUGUAGACACCUCCUUUGCUGAAUGUAUGGUCAAUAUUUAGGAGCAGUCUUCUGACUAGACCUACAGUCCCAACCUUACAAUCAGAACUGGUGCAUAUCUCAGGAUUUGGGUCAGAACACAGAAACCUGAUGUGUACAUGGCACAUUGUUCUUUAUUGUCUAAGCAAACACAAAUUGUACAUGUAUAGUUGAACUACUACAUUAUGUACCCUUGCAGGACGUAAGUUUGGCUUAUUGAGCCUAUAUGGGAAUUUGAAAUUGUUGGGUUUAAUUGUUUAGGUAUUUUAUAUGGUUGGUUUCAUCAAUGUAGUGCUAGGGUCUAAAGUGUUACAUUAGCCAUUACUGAAAUGUACACUAUGACCCAAAGUAUGUGGACACCUGCUCGUCGAUCAUCUCAUUCCAAAAUCAUGGGCAUUAAUAUGGAGUUGGUCCCCCAUUUGCUGCUAUAACAGCCUCCACUCUUCAUGGAAAGCUUUCCACUAGAUGUUGGAACAUUGCUGCGGAGACAUGCUUCCCUUCAGUCACAAGAGAAUUAGUAAGGUUGGGCAUCGAUGUUGGGUGAUUAGGCCUGACUCGCAGUCAGUGUUCCAAUUCAUCCCAAAGGUGGUUGAGGUCAGGGCUAUGUGCAGGUCAGUCAAGUUCUUCCACACUGAGUUCGACAAACCAUUUCUGUAUGGACCUCGCUUUGUGCACGGGGGCAUUGUCAUGCUGAAACAGGAAAGGGCAUUCUCCAAACUGUUGCCACAAAAUUGGAAGCACAGAAUCAUCUAGAAUGUCAUUGUAUGCUGUAGCAUUAAGAUGUCCCUUCACUGGGACUAAGGGGCCUAGCCCAAACCAUUGUUCCUCUUCCACCGAACUUUACCUGCCCGAAUGCAUAGGGACAAAUGUAGAGUUCUCUUGGCAUCCGCCAAACCCAGAUUUGUCCACAGGACUGCUAGAUGGUGAAGUGUGAUUCAUUACUCCAGAGAACGUGUUUCCACUGCUCCAGAGUCCAAUAGCGGCGAGCUUUACACCACUCCAGCCGACGCUUGGCAUUGCGUAUGGUGACCUCAGGCUUGUGUGCGGCUGCUUGGCCAUGGAAACCCCGACGAACAGUUCUUAUGCCGUUGCGUCCAGAGGCAGUUUGGAACUUGGUAGUGAGUGUUGCAUCCAAGGACAGGCAAUCUUUACAUGCUUCAAUACUCGGCAGGCCCGUUCUGUGAGCUUGUGUGACUUUCCACUUCGUGGCUGAGCCAUUGUUGCUCCUAGAUGUUUCCACUUCACAAUAGUAGCACUUACAGUUGACGGUGCAGCUCUAGCAGGGCAGAAAUUUUACGAACUGACUUGUUGGAAAGGUGGCAUCCUAUGACGGUGCGACAUUGAAAGUCACUAAGCUCUUCAGUAAGGCCAUUCUACAAAUUUGAAGGGGUGUUCACAUACUUUUGUAUAUAUUGUGUAUCUUCCAUUGCUUUGUCACCCUAACGUUCAGAGCUUGUCUGUAGUGGGUGGGUUUCCCUGUGUUCUAGAGAGGCAGAGGUAGGUCAUCAUCCCCAGUCAAGGUGGCCAUGGAGGAAAGUACUGUCUUUGUUAUUGACCUCAUUGUAUUUUCAUACACAUUACAUAAUAAUGAUGCUAUUUCAAGCCUGUUGUUUUUAAUUUAAAUGAUUUAUUUCCCUGGAUCUUAAUUUUUUCAAUGCAUACCUCUGCGCAUUGUAAAAUAUGAUGUUAUUUGUAUGUAAACUAUUAGUAAACCAUUGCAUUCAUGGGGAUUCGGGGUAUACUGUUGUUUGAAAAUAAUGAAUGUACACUGUAAUUGGUGUUGGGGGAAAGUUAAAUAAAAUGGUGGAUUGUCUUUA